AAUGAUGUUGUUUUGUUUGGUUAAUUCUUCUCAUCGAAUCUACCUCUGCAACUUCAUUUGUUAAAUCCGGCGCCGGAAUCGGUUCCGAUCUAUGAGACUUCGAGAGCGUUGGAAUUGGAUUGCAUGUACUUUAGCCCUCAUAUGAGCAACUCGAUUUGCGAUGGUGACGAGGAGGAGUGGAAGGAGCGUUCUGGGGUCGAUGGCUCCGUCUUGGAAGUCGGCAAUCGAAGAGGAAGCUUGAAGCCUUUUGUUUUGCGAAGUCAUCGCCAUUACGCGAACCUAUAAAUGCUGAAUAGAAACAGGAAGUUUUCGAGACACAACAGCGAGAAGAGAUUCCAAUUGAAGUUUCAACAAUGGCUGAAGGCUCGAACCCUUUGUCUGAAGGUAAAACAAAUGUUGAACUCUCUU